CAACAUGACAGCCGGAUGUUCGAAAGACACCGUGGACAUAGUGGAAGUUGAACAACCAUCUAUACCCACCAGCAAGCUACCGAACGUUCUUGAAACAGAAGUCACGCCUCUUCUGGGACAGACUACCACAACACAGAACGAAACGACCAUCAACAAUGGCCGAUGCCAAACGAGUCCACGCGCCAUUCUGAUAAUCAUGGCGAUCUUGAUAUUGAUAGUCCAGUGCGCCGACCAAUUCUCAGAAGCACCGUUGACCAGAAUCUUCGAGUCGAUCUAUUGCUAUCAAUACUGGGAGCGUGAAGACCCAAAUAAGAUCUUGAUUCCUAGAUCAGCUGUGGGGCCAGGUGCACUUGGUGGUGUGGAAGAGCAAUGGUGUAAGGUCGCUGACGUGCAAGGGAAAGUGGCUAUGUUGAAAGGCACUCAGCAAUUCCUUGAUUGCAUUCCAAGCUGGUUCUGGCAGAGCUUCGACCUAAGGGUUUCUUGGUUCUCGGCAUUGCAUGCUCUCAUACUUGGAGGCUCACCAGUUUUGACAGCUCUGUUCUUUGUAGUCGUGUCGGACAUCACUAAUCAGGAAUCGAGAUCUACCGUCUUCUUGCGCAUUUACUCCGCCAACUUGACAGGCAAUCUUGUUUGUCCACCAAUAGUGGCUUGGGUUAUGACGCGCAAUCCUUUGAUAGCUGUGUUCAUUGGUAUAGGCUGCUUCUGCAUCGGAGUUCCGUUAGCCCUUCUGAUUCCGGAGACACUCGGAUACCAGCAACUUGUCAAGCUCGACGAAGAAUACAGUGAUAGAGAAGAGCCACCGUUGACACCAAAGAGGCAUGAUAAGAGCUUCCUGGAACAAUGCUACAAGCCUCUAGUCGAAUCCACCAAAUACUUCCUGCACGACAAACGGGUCGUCCUCUUGAUCUUCACCUUCGUCCCGAUCAUGUUGACGGUAACCAAUGUGCCACUGCUCCUACAAUAUGCGAGUUCACGAUAUGGCAUGACCUUCGCCAGCGUCACGAUGCUGCUGACAGUUAGAGCUGGUGUGACCAUCGCCAUGUUCUUGUUCGUACAGUCAUGGGUCUACGAUCUCCUAGCCAAUGCUGGCGUGAGUGGACANAAGAGAGAUCUCCUCCUUGCUCGUGGAAGUGCUGGUCUGAUGCUUGUCGGCUGGGCGGCCAUAGGCUUUUCGCCUAAUGCCCUUCUAUUCACUGCAUCAUUGAUGAUUGCCACCAUGGGAAAUGGUUUUCCAGUCUUCCUUCGCUCNUUUUUGACUGGCUUAGUCGAGCCGAACAGGGUUGCAGAACUCUACACUAUUAUUGGGGUUGUCGAUACUCUCGGGCUGAUGCUGGGUGGCCCUCUGCUUGCUUGGCUAUUCCAGAGAGGUAUGCAGCUNGGGGGUAUGUUCGUGGGGCUACCUUUCGUAGCUUUGGGCUUGAUAUAUGCUGUUGUGGCGUCGUUCCUGCUGAGAAUUGGCCAUCACAAGCGCAAAGUCACGGAGGAAGAAAGGUCCGAG